ACCUGCAUUAACCCCUUUUGCAAUUCGGAAUUUCCGAUUCCAGUUUAUGCACUAGAAAUCAAAUCCCAAAAAAAAAAAACUCAAAUUCUUAACUUUAUUCUACUGAUUCGAAGCUCUAAUUUGAAUUAUCACAUAGAAAUUUAAAUUAGUUUUUGGUUCUUUAUGGGCUGCUCUUCGUCUGUCCCAGAUCGGAGUUCCGGGCGGUCGACUGGACUUAACAACGGAGACAACUCUGAAGGUCCUGAUGAUAAAAAUCUGCGCGUAAAGCUGGUCUUGUUAGGUGAUUCUGGAGUUGGAAAAAGUUGUAUUGUUCUGCGCUUUGUCCGUGGCCAGUUUGAUCCUACAUCCAAGGUAACCGUAGGAGCUUCAUUCUUGUCACAGACAAUAGCUUUGCAAGAUUCAACCACUGUUAAGUUUGAAAUAUGGGAUACAGCUGGACAAGAGAGGUAUGCUGCACUGGCACCUCUGUACUACAGAGGAGCAGGAGUUGCAGUUAUUGUGUAUGAUAUAACUAGUCCUGAGUCUUUUGCCAAAGCACAAUAUUGGGUUAAGUUUUCAUGGUUUUGGAGUAGUAUUCUUGGCAUGAUAACAUAUUACACGGAAGAUGAGCUACAAAAGCAUGGGAGCCCAGGUAUCGUGAUGGCUUUGGUUGGUAAUAAAGCCGAUCUUCAAGAGAAACGUGAAGUCCAAGUCCAAGAUGGCGUUGACUAUGCAGAGAAGAACGGAAUGUUCUUUAUCGAGACAUCUGCCAAGACUGCAGACAAUAUAAAUCAGUUGUUUGAGGAAAUCGCUAAGAGACUGCCACGGACAUCGUCGUCAUCGUGAUCGGAGUACGGUGAUACCAAAUCAACUACCAGGUAUUUUUAAUGCUCUGGAACAAGUUUGUGAAUAUGUUCUACGUUUUCUUAGUCCGUGAAGCAACACUGAAUCUGAUUUAAGAACACAUUCAGUUGUGAGUUGCCAUCAUCAUCACUUUAAAGGAUUGGUUGUAAACUAUGAAAUAUCAUUAUAUUUGACAAUUAUGACAUGUUUCAUCAGAUUUAACAAUUUAUUAUGCUUAUUCAA